AUGGAGCCUUCUAAGGAAGCAAUUGCUGUUCGUAUUACAAGAUUAAACCGACAAAUAAUAGGGAAAGUGACCAACGGAACUAAUAAGCUUGGCAAAAAAAUUGAUAGGGAAUCUUUGUUAGAUGCCUUAACUGUUUUGUAUGAUGAGUGUAACGAGGACCCUGUUAAAAAAUGUGACGCACUUGUACGAACAUUCGUUGACAAAUAUCGCAGUGCUCUGGCCGAAUUGCGGAGGGCCCGGGUUUGCAUUUCUGACUUUGAAAUUCUUCAACUUAUAGGUCGCGGGCAUUAUGGUGAAGUACAUAUGGUAAGGGAAAAACAGACAGCGGAUGUAUAUGCAUUAAAAAGUGUCCGUAAAGAAGAAGCGAGGAAGAGAGUUGUUGGUGCUGAGGAUGAAAGAGAUAUUCUUGCAACUGCAUCUGGCAAUUGGAUACCAAAACUACAGUAUGCUUUUCAGGACAGUAACAACUUAUAUCUGGUAAUGGAAUUAUGUAAUGGAGGCGACUUGGCUGGUCUGCUUUCACGUCAAAACCAUCCCCUGUCAGAACGUGAUGCAGCAUUUUAUAUAGCAGAAGUUGCUCAUGCACUAAAAGCUCUUCAUGGUAUGGGAUAUGUUCACAGAGACGUCAAGCCACAGAAUAUCUUUUUAGACAGAUGUGGUCACGUGAAACUCGGCGAUUUCGGUUCGUGUGCUCGUCUUUCGGAGGGCGGGUGUGUAGUCGGCGGCACAGCCGACUAUGUGGCUCCGGAGUUAUUGUCCAGUGACUGCACAACCGCUCACACUGUGUGUCUCGAAUACUGCCGUCGGGUUAACACUGCCAUUUCAGCUUGUGAUUACUGGUCACUGGGUGUAGUCGCUUUCGAACUGGUGACUCUCAAAAGACCAUUCUCGAACAGCGACAAUGAUUCAAUGGCUCAGAUACUUAGUAACAUACAGAAAUAUGAGAGAGCUCCAAAUUCCGAGCCUCCUUUCGAGCCGCCGCCUCACAGCCCUUCAUCAUCAUGGCGGUCACUAGUGGCGGGACUAUUACGUGUUCAGCCCGCUCGUAGGUUCAAUUACCUGGACACACUGCAACACUCAGCACUCUCACACCUUGCUCUACACGCUAUAAGAGAUCAGGCUCCACCUUGGGUUCCACAUCUUCGUGGCGCAGAGGACACUACAUAUCUACCGGCGCCUGAACGUGUUCCAUCACCUCCUUCAACAGCGCCCUUCAGAACCCGCCCGCCUUUCGCUGGACAGCUACCUUUCGUUGGUUAUUCAUAUAUGGCACCAGAGGAGGAAGACAGUCAUUCUGGUGGAUUCAGUACAUCGCAUGAUCUCACGGCAAUAGAUCUCGCAACUUACAAAUCGGCAGAGAAGUUAGCGUCGUUGCGAGGUCGUGAAAUAGCCUCGUUGCAGAAUAAGCUAGUGGCUGCAGAGGCAGCAGCAGAGGCAGCGGCCAGUGAGGCGGCCGAGCGAGCAAGGAGACUCGCUGAUGAAGACCACGAGAGACUCCGGGCGGCGCUACAAGCUGAUAUAACAUCGCUUACGUUACAUAACAAACGUUUAGAACGUCAGAUAGAAGUUGAGAAAGAAGAACGGAGGGCUCUCCAGAGGACCAAUCAAGAAUUAACUGAUACAAUCAAUCAAAGAAGUAAAUCAGAGCUUAAGGCUGUACAGGCACAGGCCUCAGAGCUUCAAUCAGAAAGGGAUUCUCUGAAGGAAGAUCUCGCUAGGUUAGAAGCUCGUGUGAGAGAACUACAAAUAGAAUGUAACAAUGCCUUAGCUGAGGCGGACAGCGCUCGAGCGCAACAUAAACAUUACAAGGAUACCAUAGCUCAGGAGCGUGCUUUGCGUCGUCAAACUGUAUGUGGUAGCGAGGCAGCGGCGGAGGGCGCGGCGAGGGAGGCUCGUGCUAGAAAACACGCCGAGGAACAACUGGCCAAGACCGAGGAACAACUACAGCGGCUCCGAAACGACUUAGAAUCGGCUAAUGAACAGGCUGAUAAAGCACAGGAGUUACUACGUGAUAAAGAACGCAUAAUCACCACUGCUAAUGAUCAGAUUACUGACUUACAGACACAGCUCGCUCAAGAGCGUGUGCGAACCGCUACGCUCGCCGCUCAAGUACAGGCAGCGGAGCGUAGUGUUAGCGAGGCUGUAGCUCGUGAGGCAGCUCUUGAGGAGCAGAGUGAACGUACACAAGCAAGACUCCAGCAACGACUGGAGGCAGCUGACAGCCGUCUCGCCGCCGCACUACACGACCACGGCAGACACGCUGAGAAGGUCACUACAUUGGAGCAGCUAGUAAGGCAAUUGGAACGCGAAGUAACUGCCUUAGAGAACCGCUCGUGUCCGCGGUGCGCGGAAAACGAAGCUAAGAAAGUACAAGUGACCAGUGGAACAAAUACCGAAGAAAGUGAGGACGCGCUGGAAAAUAGAGAUAAUAGGAGUGAAACUGAGAGCUAUGGGGAAGCAACUGCGCAAGCUCAGGUGUCGCUUCUAAAGGAACAACUAGAACGUGCCGAGGCUCAACUACUGGCUCGCGGUGAGGAAAUUGCGACUUUGCGCCAAGAAGCUAGGACUGCCAAUUUAGCUAGAUGGAGGAAGGAGAAGGAAUUUAACGAUUUAUCGAUUGAUGCCAAAGUGACAGCGAGAGAUUUAAAACGAAGCGAAGAGCGUUUACAGUCUGCACUAGAAGCUCGAAAGUCUGCUGAAGAUAAGGCCGCGCUGGUUCAUAAAGAAAUUACUAGCCUAAAACCUCAACUGGAACUGAUGAAGAAAGAAGUCGACCGAUACAAAGAACUGUCGGAGAAAUUACAAAAGAGCAAUGAAGUAUUGCAGGUGGAAGUUGACAGAUCUCGAAACGAUAUCCGCAAAUUGAAGAGCGAGCUACAGUACAGUGAGCAGCGUAGAUUACACGCGGAGCAUCACGAGCAGGAGGCGACGCGUGAGAGAGACAGACUGAGGUCGGAGCGGGCGCCCCUCAUGGAAGAAAGAGACGGACUGAUGCAGGUACAACUAACAUUGACUCACAGCUUAAAAGAGACCACUGCUAUUUAA